AAAAUUGAGGGAUAUAUAUAUAUAUAUUCGGAAUCUUUUUUUUCUUUAACAAAAAUUCGAAAUCUUUUCCCAUAAAAAAAAUCAAAAUCUUUUAUUCUCUUCUUUCUGAUUUCUGAUUAUUCGUAUCUGAAAGAUUCAGCUAUAAAUAUAGAAGAAGGUUUUUGUUUAACUAGGGUUACCAAUUUUCUCUUUUCUUUUUCCUGACAACAACAAAGUGUUACCUUAACGGUUGAUUGAUUGUUCUUCACGUUUCAAGGUUAUUGCUUUCUCUCUCUAAUUCGUUAUUCAACAAUUCUCUUUGCUACCAACAACACACAAUGGAGCUUGGAUCAGUGGUUGAAGCAGUUUCUGCUGAUGUUGGUACUGGUGGCGCCGCUCCUCUCUACAACAUUGAAAGCUUUGAAAGCCUAUGCAUGCAUUGUGGUCAAAACGGCACUACAAAUUCCUUCAUCACUCUCAUUCCUCACUUCAAAAAGAUUUGGUUGUCUGCUUUCGAUUGUCCUCACUGUGGUGACAAGAACAAUGAAGUAAUGUUUGUUGGCGAUAUUCCACCGCAUUGUUGCUGCUACACCCUGAAGAUCUCAUCCGGCAAUUCAGAGAUGCUCAAUAGGCAAGUGGUAAAAUCAGAACAUGCUACCAUUAAGAUACCAGAAUUGGAUUUUGAGAUUCAAUCAGAGGCUCGAUGUGGUAGUCUAUCAACGGUAGAAGGGAUACUGAUGCGAGCUGCUGAUGACCUUCAAGCCCUUCAAGAGGAACGCAAAAAAGUAGCUCCAGAGACAGCUGAAGCAAUCGACCAGUUCUUGGUAAAAUUGCGAGCCUGUGCAGCAGGAGAAUCAUCAUUUACAUUUAUUCUUGACGAUCCUGCUGGAAAUAGCUUCAUUGAAAACCCGUUUGCGCCAUCAUCCGAUCCAUCACUAACAAUCAAUUUUUACGAUCGAACUCCUGAGAAACAAGCAUUAUUGGGAUAUCAAGCAAGGGAAGAACCACACGGGUCAGUAGGGGCAACAGCAGGUCACAGAGCUAUUGCACAGAGUAACAGCGCAGAAAUUGCAGAAGCCUUAUUUCGAUAUACUGCACCAGAAGAGGUGUAUGCUUUCCCGGUAACUUGUGGUUGUGGUAGUGGAUGUGAAACUCGAAUGUUUCCAAUUGAUAUUCCGUACUUCCAAGAAGCAAUUGUUAUGGCAUCCACUUGCGAUGCUUGUGGUUACCGCAGCUCUGAGUUGAAAGCCGGUGGAGAAGUUUCAAAAAAAGGAAAAAGCAUUACUCUUUCUGUGCAAAACGUUAACGACCUAAGCCGUGAUGUAAUAAAGUCUGAUACUGCAAGUGUAAAAAUUCCUGAACUUGACUUCGAGCUGGCAAGUUGCAGUCGCACUAUCGGAGGAGUUGUUACAACUGUUGAAGGUUUAAUUACAAAAAUUAGUGAAAGCCUUGAGAGGAUCCAUGGGUUUACUUUCGGAGAUAGUCUUGAGGAACAUAGUCGAAGCAAGUGGUUGGACUUUGAGGACAGACUAAACAAGAUUCUUAGCUUGGAAACACCUUGGACUUUAAUUCUUGAUGAUGCAUUAGCAUGCUCUUUUAUAGCACCUGCAACUGAUAAUCUGGAAGACGACAAACAGUUAACUUAUGAGGAAUAUGAGAGGACAUGGGAGCAAGAGGAAGAAUUAGGACUGCAUCAGAUGGACACCACUUCUGCCGAUGCUGCUUAUGAAUCAUAAUAACAUACGAGUAACCUCAAGGCGAAAUUCAGUAUGCUUCAAGUACCUGUUUUUCAAAAUUGUUAGUACUGUGGUUUAUAUAAAAAAUUCUACGAUUAAAGCUUACGUAUGAAAUGUUAGUUUUCGUUGGUGAAUCAUAAUCAUUUUAUAUUUGGUUUAUAUGCAAAUAUUUUGGUUUUUCGUCCUUGUGAAAAAAAAACAAUUGUUUAUGAAUCCUGCAAAAUCAAGACGCUCGUGAUUUGGUACUGACAGUCAAUAUCCGUUACAUUAAUCUGAGAGUUUCUUAAAUUUUA